CUAACUGACAAAACUUCUCUUCUCUUCCACAGCUAAACUCUCUCUCUCUCUCUCACUCUAAAUUGCAGCCAUGGCGAGUCAAGUUUGGGUUUUCGCAUCUCUCAUUUUCUUAAUUUCAGCUUCUUCUGCAAGUGGCCAGAGUAAAGUGACGGAUAACCCUGCUGAUGAGCUCGUGGCCGUGGUCAACAGCAAUCGAACAGCUAGCAAACUGUCGUCCUUGUACAGCAGCCAAGGCCUCGCGUGCAUUGCUCUCCAAUACAUCAAAGCGUACCAAGGGGACUGUGGUGCCGUAGGCGGACCAAAGGCCAAGAAACCGGCUGACUCUGAGUUUGCUGAAACUUUUGCUCCUGCCUGCGGUGUUGUGGCCUCGACCCUCGCCCCCAUCACCGGCCGCCUACUGGGGUGCCAGUCGAAGUACCUGAAGCCAUCAGAGGCGUUUUCAGAGAUCUUGACGAAAAACAACAAGAGCAUGGAGAUAGUUCAGAGCAAGAACCACACAGAGGUCGGUGCUGCUGUUAGUGGCUCGGACAGUGGCUCGUACUUUUGGUGCGUGCUGUUCAGUAGUGGGAAGUCGAACAGCAGCUUCGCGUUGGAAGGGACUACGGCCAAGAUAAGCCGGCCAGGAUGCUUCAGCGGCGCCAAUGAUGUGUGUAGUGGCGCUGUUUUGUCGAGGACGCCUCGUGUUUGGCCGGCCGCGGCCGCUGGUUUGAUUGCAUUGGCUUAUGCAUUUGGAUUUUGAGAUGAGAAAGAUUUUGAUACACCAAAGCUCUUUGAAUUGCAUCCCACAAUCUCUUUGUUGAUUGAUUUAUUACAUUCUUGGAUGUAAGUUUGGAAGAACCACAAUGAAAUGUUUUUUUUGUCA